AUGAGACUGUUUGGCUUAUCUUUACGAUUACGACUAGUUGAAAACUCUAUUGAAUCGACACGUACUCGAAUUCAUCUUCGCCAACCUUGUCAAAACAAUAGUACUUGUCUUAAUGAUAAUACUACCAUUCGGGGAUUUAAUUGCAAUUGUUUAUCUGGUUUUAAUGGUACAGAAUGUCAAUAUGAUUACCGAAUUUGUCAAUUACGUACUUGUUCAUAUAAUGGUAUAUGUUAUCAAUCAUCAAAUACAACAUUUACUUGUAGUUGUAAUGAAGGAUGGCAAGGUGUACAUUGUGAAAUAAAAAUGAAUUAUUGUAAAAAUAUAACAUGUUAUAAUCAAGGAGUUUGCCAAUCAUUAUCAUCGAAUUAUACAUGUCUUUGUAUUGGUGAAUACUAUUCUGGUCGAUAUUGUGAAAUAAAAUCAGGAAAAAUCGUUACUCUUGAAAGAGUUUCGAAAUCUUUUGGCUAUAUAGCAAUUAUUUUUUUGAUAGGUACUGCAAUAUUUAUUAUUACAAUGGAUCUAUUAAAAUAUUAUUUUGGUAUUGAUCCAGCACGCAAAAGACUUCGACCAAGAAAAUGUGUCAAAAAACAGAAAACUAUUCCUGUCGUACAAAAGUUUUAUUAUAAAUCAUCAUUGAAAAAACGAUCUGAAAACUCGAUUGUGGUAAUCGAAGAGACAAAUAUUUAA